AUGGGAGCCUCAGCUUGGCCGAGGCACUGGCCUCGACUCAUCUAUGCAUUAGCAUUUUGCCUAAUUGCUAUUAGUGUUGCUGCUGAUGAUAAGCCUUACUAUGGAGGCAAACCAUCCUACUAUCCAAAUCCAACACCACGAGAUCAUGAAGAACCCCCACCCUUCUAUUACAAACCCCCUCCAUAUUAUUAUGAAUCUCCACCUCCUCCUCAUGUUUAUGAAUUUCCUCCUUAUUACUACAAAUCACCUCCACCACCGUCUCCAUCACCACCACCACCACCACCACCAUAUGUCUAUAAAUUCCCUCCACCUCCGUCUCCUUCACCACCUCCUCCCUAUGUGUACAAGUCCCCUCCUCCACCAUCACCAUCACCACCCCCUCAUGUUUACAAGUCACCACCUCCUCCACCUCCCUCACCUCUCCCACCAUAUAUCUAUAAGUCACCACCACCUCCAUCUCCAUCACCGCCACCUCCAUAUAUUUAUAAAUCUCCUCCUCCACCAUCUCCUUCGCCACCAUCUCCAUAUGUUUAUAAGUCACCACCUCCUCCAUCUCCCUUCCCACCCCCUCCAUAUGUUUAUAAAUCUCCUCCUCCACCAUCUCCUUCGCCACCACCUCCAUAUGUCUACAAAUCUCCACCUCCACCAUCUCCCUCACCUCCUCCACCUUACGUUUAUAAGUCCCCACCACCACCUUCUCCAUCUCCACCACCUCCAUAUCUUUAUAAGUCUCCACCUCCACCAUCCCCCUCUCCUCCUCCACCAUAUGUUUACAAGUCCCCACCACCACCUUCUCCACCUCCACCACCUCCUUACGUUUAUAAGUCUCCUCCUCCACCAUCUCUUUCACCACCACCUCCAUAUGUCUACAAAUCUCCACCUCCACCAUCUCCCUCAUCUCCUCCACCUUACGUCUAUAAGUCCCCACCACCACCUUCUCCAUCUCCACCACCUCCAUAUGUUUAUAAGUCUCCACCUCCACCAUCCCCCUCUCCUCCUUCACCACCACCUUCUCCAUCUCCACCACCUCCAUACGUUUAUAAAUCUCCUCCUCUACCAUCUCCUUCACCACCACCUCCGUAUGUCUACAAAUCUCCACCUCCACCAUCUCCGUCACCUCCUCCACCUUACAACUAUAAGUCCCCACCUCCUCCAUCUCCUUCACCACCCCCUCCAUAUGUUUAUAAGUCUCCACCUCCGCCAUCCCCUUCUCCUCCUCCACCAUAUAUCUAUAAGUCACCACCACCACCUUCUUCAUCUCCACCACCUCCUUAUGUUUAUAAAUCUCCACCCCCGCCAUCUCCCUCACCUCCCCCACCCUAUAUCUAUAAGUCGCCACCACCUCCUUCCCCUUCACCACCUCCUCCAUAUGUAUACAAGUCUCCACCCCCACCAUCACCUUCACCUCCUCCACCCUAUCUCUACAAGUCACCACCGCCUCCAUCCCCCUCACCACCUCCCCCAUAUGUUUACAAGUCCCCGCCCCCACCGUCUCCUUCCCCACCCCCUCCAUAUCUUUAUAAAUCUCCACCUCCUCCAUCUCCUUCUCCUCCUCCGCCAUAUAUUUACAACUCUCCACCACCACCUUCGCCAUUCCCACCACCUCCAUAUGUUUACAAGUCUCCUCCUCCACCAUCUCCCUCACCUCCUCCACCUUAUUUGUAUAAGUCACCACCACCUCCGUCACCUUCACCACCUCCUCCUUACGUAUAUAAAUCUCCACCACCACCUUCUCCAUCACCACCUCCACCUUAUGUCUAUAAGUCACCACCACCUCCGUCACCUUCACCACCUCCUCCUUAUGUGUAUAAGUCUCCACCACCACCUUCUUCAUCCCCUCCUCCAACAUAUUAUCCUUACCUCUACAGUUCACCCCCGCCACCCGUGUAUUAA